AUGAACAAUGAAAAAAACCAAGAAGAGUGGAAUGUAAUGCUGAGAAUAAGAAUUGUUUUGGUUGUUGCUAACCCUGCCAACACCAAUGCGUUGAUUCCAAAGGAAUUUGCACCAUCAAUUUCUGAGAAAAACAUUACUUGUUUGACAAGGUUGGACCAUAACAGGGCCCUUGGUCAAGUUUCAGAGAGAUUGAAUGUUCCAGUAUCCGAUGUGAAAAAUGUUAUUAUUUGGGGUAAUCAUUCCUCAACUCAGUAUCCUGAUGUCAACCAUGCAACUGUCAAGACACCAGCUGGAGAGAAGCCUGUCCGUGAGCUUGUUGCUAAUGAUGAAUGGUUGCAUGGAGAAUUUAUAACUACCGUCCAACAGCGUGGAGCUGCUAUUAUCAAGGCUAGAAAGUUGUCUAGCGCAUUGUCUGCUGCUAGCUCUGCUUGUGACCACAUUCGUGAUUGGGUCCAUGGAACUCCAGAGGGAACUUGGGUUUCUAUGGGUGUAUACUCUGAUGGCUCAUACAAUGUGCCAGCUGGACUUAUUUAUUCUUUCCCUGUUAAUUGUUCAAGGUCAGAAUUGUUUUGCUGCCCUUUCUAUGUCUCAGGUCUCCCAAUUGAUGAUCUUUCAAGGAAAAAGUUGGACUUGACCGCCGAAGAGCUUACUGAGGAAAAGGCUCUGGCACACUCUUGCCUUUCUUGAAUUUGCUCCUAACCUCCUUUAUGUUGUAGUAGGUCUCGUGCUUUUGUGUGUUUUUGGAAGAAACAGCUACGGUUUUGAAUAAUGCCAUUGUUAUGUGAACACUUAAUGGAAGGAUAGAGAUAAACUCCUCUACUUGG